GCCCGGGUGGGGACCCGGCGAGCGCGGCCGCUCCGGGACGCACGUAUCACCACGCAGAUCGCACUUACCGGGGCGGGGGGAAGCUGCCGCCGCUCUCCCGAUGGGGCUGUGCUUUCCCUGUCCCGGGGAGUCCGCACCUCCCUCGCCGAACCUGGAAGAGAAAAGAGCAAAGCUUGCAGAGGCUGCGGAAAGAAGACAGAAGGAGGCUGCAUCUCGGGGCAUUUUGGAUGUUCAGUCUGUGGAAGAGAAGAGAAAGAGAAAGGAAAAAAUAGAAAAACAAAUGGCUACAUCUGGGCCCCCACCAGAAGGUGGACUUAGAUGGACAGUUUCAUAAUGGAUAAUAUGAGAGUCUACUGCCAAUAAGUAAUAUCUGCAAUCAAGUGGACAUCCUCAGUUUAUUCUCUUUGACUACAUGAAGAUUUAGACUUUGUAAUUUUAGUGCCAUUAAAUGCAGUGCUUUUUCAGUAUUGAAAUAUUGAAAAUGCUUUUGAUUUUCAGACUUAGAAAAUGGCCAGACCUUUCAUUGUACACUUACUGUCCUGCAUUCACUUUCUUGGCAAAUGGUGGGUAAUUUGCCAUUUUUAGUAGUUAAAUCUAAAUAGUGAAUCGCAUGUAUACAUAAGAUGCUGCAUACAUCCAAAGUAUUAAAAUUUGCUAUUUCCUGUUUUCUCCUCUAUAAAGUGGUCUGGCUACUUAUAGCUGUGCUGCUUAACCUUACCCUUCCUUUUGCUCCGUUAUAUAUGAAGACAUUUGCUUAAACUUAUAGACUUAGUGCCUUUAAACUGAUCAUCAGGGAAAAUCCUGAAAAAUUAUUUGAAGGGGAUAUAUGAAGGAACACUGUAAAUUUUUAUAACUCAUUAAGUAAUGAAUAUUUGUAGAAAAUACUGAAUUUCUCAUUUAUUUUUUACUUAUGUAGCUUACAAAUUUAACAUACUGUUUUACAUCACAAUAAUUUUUUUUUUUGCUUGAAUUUAAAAUUAUAUAUUAGUGGUACCAUCAGAGGGCAGUGAUGUACUAUUGUACAAUAUCAGAUUCCACUCUUUGGAGGUCUUUACAGUAAUUGACUGAGUUAAAUUAAGAAUCUGAAUGGGCUAUACCGAGUGGUAAUGUAUUUGUCCAAAUUUUAUAGAUAUUGUUAUUCUUUUAUAUUUAUUAAAGAAUGGUCAUAAGAUUUAUACAGAUAUGAAAGUACCAAGGCAAAUAUGAAUGUAUGAAAGAAAAACAUGUAAGUAUUAUAUUUUAAAAGGACUACAUUAAACAAAACUAUUAUGAAGUAAUUCUAUAUUAUGCAUGAUCAUAAACUAGAUUUUUGUUUAUUAGUAACAUGAGUUUUAUAGCAUUUUUGGUGGGGUUUUUUUGAAAAUUUUUUUUGAUAUAUAAUAAGCUGAAAUGGAAUUGGUGUAUCUUUUAAUUAGCUCUUAUGUUUACUAACUUUUUUGGAUGGCAAGGCUAAAACCUGAGCCCUAAACUAAAAUUUGCAGAUACUAAGUGUCAGUAGGGACUACAUUAAUUACACCAGCUCAUUUGAUUUACAGAAAGGAAACUGAGCCCCUCAUCCCGUCUCACUCAUUCUUAUCCUAAGACUUGUGUUGUGUUGCAGUAUAUUGUACACAUUCAUUUUAAUGAGUUUGAACUAUAGUAUAGGUCUCUUAACUCUUCAUUUGAAAAAUUACCUUUUCUAUUAUCGUAUGAAAUAUUUUAUGAUAUUAAUGCACAACAUAUAGUUAGGCUCAGUUUUCUUCAUCUCUUAGAGUAUUAGUGGUAUUUUUUGUUCAUGAAGGAUAAUGAAAUUAUUGAGUUGUACUUUAGAAAUGAAAUUUUGGGUUUAUGAACAUGAUGAAUUCUUCAAAGCAGAAAGGAAAAGGGGUCGUCUACAGUUGAAUGGACAGAGAACCAGAUGAGCAAAUCCUUGAACUGUGCAAAUCUUUCUGUUUUAAUAUAGGAAGAGCAAUUUUAUCUGUGCUCCAUUCUAAAGAAUUACGACUUGGGUUAGUGUAAACAAAAGGUUUACAUCUAGGGGAUGAUGCCCUUUUUCUAAUAGCACUAUAUCCAAAUUCCAUGCUUGCUUCCUGUUGGACCAUGAAUGAUAGGCUGGUAUAUUGCUUUCUGGGAGCAGUGGGAUGUCCCACUCCAGCCAACUAUGACCUGCCUCCAUGGGUAUGCUCUGCUUCCCCAGAACCACCUGGGUUAUGGGGGCUAAGGGGUGAUGAUACUUAACACUGUUAGGAACAGUGUUAGGAAGAGGAAGGGAAAGGGGGAGACUAAAUGCCUGAUAGGAAACCAGUAAAUUCCUAUUACUACUAAAAAAAAAAAUUUGUAUACACAUAAAUACAUCCAGGCAUCUUCCUCAUAAAGUUAUGAAUCACUUCCUGAUGUAAAUUUUAAUUUGGAGCCAAUUUACUGUAAGUCCUAGUGUAAAUAGGAAAACAUAAUGCUUAAUAAUGGUACCCAAACUCCCUACCCAAAUUAGUAGAAUGGAAAUGAAACAGUAAAAUGCAUUUAUGUAACUAUUACUGUGUUAGAAUGUAAAAUGUCUCAAUCACUGCUUUUUAAUUCUAGUUGCCAAACUAUUGAUAUUAAUAUGGCUGGUGACAAAAAGUUGUAUAUUAUCAUACGGCCUCUUUGUUGACACAGUGCAUGUUUUUUCAAGCUUCUGUACGUGAGUGACACUUGUUCUGCUAAUUAUGUUUGGAACGUAAUACUAGUUUUCCCACACAUGGUUUUGUUAUAAAUUCUG